AUGGUUACGUAACGUUCUAGUGUCUGUCGGGCAGACGAUUGACAGCAGGGGAGAGCAGGCCUAAGUGGGUAAACAAAACAAACAUUUGUCAAAAGGAACGAAAAAACAACGAGGUUUGAGCAGAAUUUUUAUCUAUAUGAUGUGUAACGUUUUUCUGAAGCGUUACGGCGACAGCUAGUGUUGCAAGUGGUCCGGUGAAAGAGGCGUGCACCUGUCAAAGCUAAAUAGGUUAACUGAGCUAAAGUGUGCUAAGAGGUUAGCCACCUAGCUCGCUAAUUGGAAGCCGCUCAGGUUAGACAUGUCGUCCCCGUCCUCCUCCUCCAGGCGCCAGUGGUGCUACCUGUGCGACCUGCCAAAGAUGCCCUGGACUGUAGUGUGGGACUUUAGCGAGGUGGUGUGCCGCGGUUGUGUGAACUAUGAGGGAGCUAACCAGAUUGAAUUUCUGAUAACGAGUGCCCGACAGUUGAAACGAACUCACGGGAUGCAAGACGGUAACGUCAGGUCACCUGGUCCCUCGCCCAAUAAGCACGGCAGAGUAGAGGCAGCAGCGGAUGGAGGCAGGCCUCAUGCAGACCGCUACGACAGGGGAGGAAGAGGAGAAAGCGCCGGAUCAACAGUGCGUGUACCGCCCAACGGACUCCACCGUGACGGGCAGCCUCCUCAAGAAGUAAACCGCCAGAGCCCCAGCGGCAGCCGGAGACCCAUGCUUGGCGCUGCUAUCCCUCCCAGUCUUGUAACUCAGAACAUUGCAGGGAUUCCUCCGGGGCUUCUUGCAGGCAUGCCACCGGUUCUGACAGCCAGGACAGCCCCCAUGAGCAGUCCUAUGAUUUUCCCUGCCCCUGUCUUGGCAGAGAUGAGUCGAAGGCAACUGGGCAUUGGAAUGGGGAUCGCCCCCUUUAUCACUCCAGAGCUGGAGCGAGAGCUCAGCUCAUCUCAGAAUCAGCCUAAAACACAGACGCAGGUUCACACAGCUGUAGCUGGAAACAAUGCAAGCAAGAGUACUGGCCUUCCGUCUGUGUCUUCAUCUCUGGCAGGUGGUGUGAGCCAGACAAGCCCUAAACCGGCAUCAUCUCCAGCGAGGCAGCCACGUCCUCCAGCAGCACGGUCUGGAGGGGAGCCCCUCGGGUCCAGCAACUCUGCAGAAGCAGCUACCACAGCUGCUGCGUUACCCCACAAUGGUGCCUCUGAGCUGGGAUCAGCAUCCACCAACAACACUCAUUCAACAGGGAACACGCUGUCCUGCAGCCUGUGCCAUGAGAGAUUGGAAGACACACACUUUGUUCAGUGUCCAUCAGUACCUGGACAUAGGUUCUGUUUCCCUUGCACCAGGAUUUACAUCCAAAGUCGGCGAGGGGACGGAGAGGUGUACUGCCCUAGUGGCGAGCGUUGUCCUUUAGAUAAUUCUCCAAACAGUCCACCUUGGGCUUUCAUGCAGGGAGAAGUUUCCACCAUACUGGGCAGCGCUGGAGUCGGUCCUGCUGCUGCUUCUGCAUCUGGGCCAGGGUCUGGAGCUGCAGCCGCACCUACAUCUGGGGCAGGGGGUGGUGCUGUCAGUGGAGCUGGAUCAGGGAGUGGGGACAUCGCUGUCAAGAAGGAGAGAGAAACAUGAUGAUGAUUAUCAGGGAAACAUAGAGCUAAAGAGUUGUAUCUCACACCAAAGGAGAUGUUUGCAUCUGUGUAUCACCAAGUAAUCUUGCAGAAGAGACAACACUGCAACCUACAAAUCAUAAAUUUCUCACUGUACAGGUCUUUACUCCUCCUGCUCACACAAAUAAGUACAGUCAACAUUACACAAACUGUCAGAUGCCUGAACGAAGUUGCAAGUACUGCCUUCAAGAUCAAUCUUUUUUUUAACUUAAUGUUGAGUUUGCCAACUUUUAAUUUUUUUUCCAAAUUAAUGGGUUCUGACCUUUACUCAUACUGGGGGAAAACAUGUUGCAUUUAUAUUUCAAAAAACAGCAGUGAUGUUGUUGAAUUGUUGCCACAGCUUUCACUAAAAACAGUGAAUGUAUGACUGAAUAUAUCAAUGAAAAAAAGCCAAUUGAAAAUUUUACUGGAAUCUGAUUUUCAGCGCCAGCCACCAACUUAAAAAGUCGCUGCUUCUGUUGUUCACUAGCAGCAGCGGCUAUGUACUGGUGGACAACACAUAUACAGACAACACAAGCUUUAUAGAUGAAUGUCCGAAUUCUAAAAAAUGUUGGUAAAAUGCACUUUUUUUUUUAGAAAUGAUGUUCGUGCCAGAGCAAGCCACUCAAGUGUCUAAAUUCCCCACUAAAUGAAACUAGUAUUCAAAACAAGGGUCUGUUCUGUGAGCUUUGUUUUUAUAGUUUGUUUUUCUUAUAGAUACAUGGCCAGAAAAUGUCUCUGUUGUCCUUCUAAUACUGUAAUUAGCACAGCCAAUAAAUUCAGUCAGCAUUGAUAAUCUGUCACAAACUGAGCCGCUUAACUGCACGUACCCUGCCCUCACUUUUGGCAGCAUGAAUCACUCCUAAAACAUUUGUUUAAUUUAGGUGAGAGCGAUGUCUCAGUGGAGAAUCAGUGAUGUCAAAGGAGUCGAAAACCUUUCUGACCUUUUUUGUCCAAAUGGCCCAUCGAGACAUCUUUAGUUGGACAUAAUAUAACUUUGUUCUUUUUUUCUCUGCUGAUAACGGUAUGCAGUCUGACCUAGGGUAAUCUAAACAGGUCUAAAACUUGCUGAAAAUAGCCAUAUUUCAAUGUAGAUAUUUAACAGUACAUUCAAUAUUGUAUUUGCUCCCAAAAGCACAAACAUUAGCUCUCUCCGCAUAAAUGGUGAAAUGCAGUAACAACUAUCAGGUCUUUUCUCCUUGUUUAUGUACACACUGUCAGUGUGAAGCAGGUGGGCAGUGGUAAACUAAUCACAUUACAAUAAUAAUUGGUCAGACAUCAGCAUGUAUUCUUUCUUGAUACACAACGUGUAAAAAAAUUGACAAUUGUGGCUAAAUUAUUUUGUUUUAAAGAGGGAUGUCCAAUGGCCUCUUGUGCAAUUGGUUGUUAAAAUCUCAACCACUUAAUCUAAAACUGUUAUUAAUCACAUGUAAAAAAAACAGCACAGCAUGUGUUGUCCAUUUGACGGUGCAAUUGUUUUCCUCCACCUAAAAAGAAAGGAACUUUGACCCAGGUGUGGGUGAAUGUGUUCCCUGUAGAAACAGCCACAGAAACUCUUUGGGGUUGACUGUAUUUAAAUGUCACUUACAUCCAAGAUCCAGCCCAGCCUACGCUUUACCCCGAAUGUAUAUCUAUAGACUUAGGACAUUAUUUUAUACUACAAUGUUAAAUGUUAUAUACUGUACAGACCUAUAGUAGUAUGUAUGUGCAAUCCUUAGACAUGGUAUAUAUGCAACAGUUUGGAAUGUGUAAUUAAAAUGAUUACGUGUCACUUCUUUUCCUGUUCUUUUCCAGUUUAAACCCUAACCAUCCACAAAACUUUGAGCUUUUCAUUUAAUAUGUUUACCUUUUUGAUUAGAAUUUAAUCAGAUAUGGAGCAACUAAUUUGACAAUUUAUUCAUUAAUUGUGAUGUAAUUUCCAUUAAUUUGAGUUUUUUCUAUUUUUCUUUUCUUUUUUUUCUUUUGCUCCUCAGUGGUGCUUAUGUUGUAUUUUUGUUGUCUGUUUUAAAAUAAAACAGACACACUUGGUCCAGUUUAAAGCAAAUAAUGGAUCAAUUAAUGAUUAAAUCAUUAGAUCUAAUUCUCAAAAUCCAAUAUUCUUACACAUACUAUUUUCUCUACUUUCUGUCUACCGAAACAAGACUAGAUUAAUUAAAAAUUAGAUUUUAACAUCAAUUCACAUAAUAUAGUGUUUCGUUUGUUUUGUUGUUGUUUUUUUGUGCAGGUGUACACAUUGGUACAAAAGAAUGCACACACCAAAGGUUUUGUUUCAUGCUUAGAUUGUAUUUUGUGGAUGUAAUUUUUCAUGGUGAAUAUAUACUCCUUGGCCAGGUUUUUUCGGUUUUCUUCACUGAACGGUCUCAUGCUUGUUGGACAUCUUUUGCUUUGCAUUGCAUUGAUGAGAACUCCCUCUUUAUAUGUCUAUAUUGUUCAGCAGAUACUUUUAUUGGCUUUCUACAUUUGGUAGUCUGUUGUGCAGAUCAGGUCUGUUGUCAAUGUCUUUGUACAAAAUGGAAUUUAUGUUUUAAUAUGCACUGAUACAUAAUGCAAACCCUUGUUAAGUGCCUUCUGAAACUGUUUACCGUCUGCUUGUGUGUGUCAGAGAACCUCAGGGGAAGUAGGAGUGCAAUGGGUUUUUAUUGUUAAGUCAAUGAUCAACCUGAAUCUAUUUCCCUACUGUUGCCAUCGGAAGGCUUUUGCUUCUAACUAAAUCCUUUGUAAACCGCUGUAGGCCAUUUGUUUUUUAAAUAUAUAUAUAUGGUCUCUUUGUUUAAUUUUUGUUCUUAUUUAGUUUUGUUGUAGCUUGUAUGUUCAAAUUGGAAACCAGGAAUAAAUGGGAUUUAAAUUUGC